AUGAGGACCGAGGGGCGCCUUCUGGUGCCGGUGCUGGUGGUGCUGCUGGGGCUCUGUAGCGCCGAACGCCCCGCUGAGCGGCAGGCGCUGGUUGUGCCGCGGCGCCUGGGCGCUGCCGGCGGCCGGGAGCGUUUCCGGCUGGAGGCCUUUGGGGAGCGCCUGACGCUGGAGCUGGAGCCCGAUAGCAGCUUCCUGGCCCCGGACUUCACGCUGCAGUACCUGGGCAAGCCGCCGCCUCCGCCGUCGGAGGACGACCUCUCCCGCUGCUUCUACUCCGGCACCGUCAACCAAGACCCCAGCUCCGCCGCCGCCCUCAGCCUCUGUGCGGGGAUGCGCGGCGCCUUCUCUCUGCGGGGCCGUCAGUACCUCAUCCAGCCUGCCCCCGGCACCGCGCACAGCCGCGGCGCCCACUUCCUCCGCCUCCGCGGGACCCGCCAUGCUGCCCCCGCCACCCGCUGCGCCGUGGCCGAGGCGGGGACAGAAGCGGAGGCGACGAUGUCGGAGCCUGCCAGCCGCGCAGAAACGAGAAGCAGAAGGAAGAAAAGGUUCGUGUCCAGCCCCCGCUACGUGGAGACCAUGCUGGUAGCCGACCAAUCCAUGGCUGAAUUCCAUGGCAGUGGACUGAAGCACUAUCUCCUGACGCUGUUCUCCGUGGCAGCCAAGCUAUAUAAGCAUCCCAGCAUCCGCAACUCCAUCAGCCUUGUGGUGGUGAAAAUUAUGGUCAUCUAUGAGGAGCGGAAGGGACCCGAUAUCUCUUCCAACGCGGCCCUGACUUUGAGAAACUUCUGCAGCUGGCAGAAGCAGCACAACCCACCCAGUGACCGGCACGCGGAGCACUACGACACAGCAGUCCUCUUCACCAGACAGGACCUCUGUGGUGCCAAGACAUGUGAUACUCUUGGGAUGGCUGAUGUGGGAACAGUUUGUGAUCUAAACCGCAGUUGCUCUAUCAUAGAAGACGAUGGUUUACAGGCUGCCUUUACAACAGCUCACGAACUAGGCCACGUGUUUAACAUGCCUCAUGAUGAUGCAAAGCAGUGUGCUGGUAUUAAUGGAGUAAGCCGGGAUUUCCAUAUGAUGGCAUCUAUGCUUUCCAAUCUGGAUCGCAGCCAGCCAUGGUCUCCAUGCAGUGCCUAUAUGAUUACAACAUUUUUGGAUAAUGGUCAUGGUGAGUGUUUGUUGGACAAGCCCCACAAACCAAUUCAGCUUCCUUCUGACUUGCCUGGCACAUUGUAUGAUGCCAAUAGACAGUGCCAGUUUACAUUUGGAGAUGAGUCCAAGCACUGCCCUGAUGCAGCCAGUACGUGUACGACACUGUGGUGUACUGGCACUUCUGGAGGACUACUUGUGUGCCAAACCAAACACUUCCCUUGGGCAGACGGCACCAGUUGUGGGGAAGGAAAGUGGUGCAUGAAUGGCAAGUGUGUGAAUAAAACUGAGAAGAAGCAUUAUGAUACGCCGGUGCAUGGCAGCUGGGGGUCCUGGGGGGCGUGGGGAGAGUGCUCCCGGACCUGUGGUGGUGGAGUGCAGUACUCAUUCAGGGAGUGUGACAACCCUGUCCCGAGGAACGGGGGAAAGUACUGUGAAGGGAAACGGGUGCAAUACAGAUCAUGUAACAUUGAGGACUGUCCAGACAAUGAUGGCAAAACCUUUAGGGAGGAACAAUGUGAAAAGCACAAUGAGUUUUCCAGGUCUCCCUUUGGAAGUGGACCUGCAGUGGAGUGGACACCCAAGUUUGCUGGUGUCUCUCCAAAGGACAGAUGCAAGCUAGUCUGCCGAGCAAAAGGAACAGGAUACUUCUUUGUUUUACAGCCAAAGGUUGUAGAUGGCACCCCGUGUAGCCCUGAUUCCACCUCUGUCUGUGUCCAAGGACAAUGUGUAAAGGCUGGCUGCGACCGUAUGAUAGGAUCCAAUAAAAAGUUUGACAAGUGUGGUAUCUGUGGUGGCAACGGAUCCACUUGCAAGAAAGUGUCUGGCACGCUUGUUAGAGCAAAACCUGGCUACCAUGAUGUCGUCACCAUUCCAGCUGGGGCAACAAACAUUGAGGUGAAGCAACGAAACCACAGGGGCGCAAGGCACGACGGCAGCUUCCUCGCCAUCAAAGCCGCAGACGGCACCUAUGUCCUUAAUGGCGAUUACACCCUGUCAACUCUGGAGCAGGACAUCACCUACAAGGGCAGUGUGCUGAGGUACAGUGGCUCCUCCGCUGCCCUGGAAAGAAUCCGCAGUUUCAGCCCUCUGAAGGAGCCUCUGACCAUCCAGGUCCUCACAGUUGGAGACCUGCCACAGCCCAAGAUCAAGUUCACCUAUUUCGUGAAGAAGCCCACGCAGCCUGGGUCAGAGAAGGCACCCAGUAGAAAGAAAGAGUCCUUUAAUGCCAUCAGGGAGAUCAUCUCCUCUGAGUGGGUCAUUGAGGAGUGGGGUGAGUGCUCCAAGUCUUGUGGCUCAGGCUGGCAGCGACGGACAGUGGAGUGCCGAGACCCCCGGGGGCGGCCAGCCACUGACUGCACCCGUGAGCUGAAGCCCAGCGACAUCCGUCCCUGCGCCGAUGUACCCUGCCCUCAGUGGCAGCUGGGAGACUGGUCACCCUGCUCCAAGACAUGUGGGAAAGGUUUCAAGAAGAGGUUGUUAAAAUGUGUUUCUUAUGAUGGCAGUGUGCUGCCACAAGAAAGCUGUGAGCCCUCCAAGAAACCAAAACACCUAAUAGACUUCUGCAAUGUUACGGACUGCAGUUAAAUACCAUAA